AUGAAAUUCUGGGGAGCUGAAGUUCAAGCAGGAAAACCUCUUAUUAUGAGGCCUGAUGAAGACGAUCUUAUCCAUAUUUCUCAGGCAUCUCUUGACUUUAAAGGGGAAAAAAGAGAAACUGCUGUCUUAUAUGUCAAGGUUGAUGGGAUAAAAUUUGUGAUUGGCUCACUUUCUCAAGAUAAGUUCCCUCAGACCAGCUUUGAUCUUAUCUUUGAGAAAGAGUUUGAGCUUUCACACAGCUUGGAGAGAGGAUGUGUCCACUUCGUUGGCUACAGAUCUCCCAACAUUGACGACGAGGAAGGUGAUGACUUUUCUGAUUCAGAAGAAGAAGAGGAGGUUCCUGAAGCUGUUCCUGCAGUUGUUGCCAAUGGAAAUGCUGGCGCAGCUGCUUCGACUGUUGUCAAGGCUGACACGACCCAGUCUGAGAAAUUUAGUUUUAUUAACAUAGAUGAAGACAUGUUGCGUGAGCGUCGUUCUUGGACUUUGUUCAACUACAAAGGUAAGUUAGGUGUACAUCUGUUUGGAUAUAGGGGUGAAGAAGAACUCGUAUUGUGGGUUCUAGAAGAUAAUGUAAAGCAUGAAUGGUCCAAAAUUAUAUACGUAAUGCCACCUUUGUGGAGAAAGAUAGUCAACGAUCACAAGAUUGUCGGAAUGACUGUGUUUUCGCCCUACUUUCUAUCAAACCCGUUCUACCUUUUCUUCUACAAUACUGAGAGGAACACUUUUACAAGAGUCAAUAUUCAGGGAUUUGAAGAGUUGAAGCAUGGUGAAAUUGUCAUUCACACCUUCCUGGACGAUGUAGAGAAUAUGAAGUUUAUGUGA